AUGAUAUUUUUGCCUACGAUUCAUUUAUAUCCCUCUGAUGAUGAUAUGUUCUCAUUCAAGUUGAAGAGGAAACAGUUUCUUAUUCAAUUGGGCUUUGCAAUGACAAUCAAUAAAGCUCAGGGACAAACAAUUCCAAAUGUAGGUAUCUAUCUUCCAGACCCAGUAUUCUCGCAUGGACAGCUUUAUGUUGCAUUGUCCAGAGGGCUUUCAUGUUGCAAUACAAAAGUAUUAGUGAAGCGUAACGAAAAUUCAAAAGGUGAUGGGGUUUAUACAGCAAAUGUGGUGUAUAAAGAAAUAUUGCACGAUUAA